CUCUCAUGGGACGUUGGCGAUUGUCAUGUCGAUUUGGAGGAGGAACUGAAUACGAUAACACAACACGCAUCUGAUGGAGAGGAAGCUCGUCACGGCGAACGACUCAUUCAGUAUGCUAGUGAAAAUCUAGUCACUGAAGUGCUAAUACACCCUCAGUACAAUACACUCAUACAAUGUAUGCGUAAUCUGCUGAGUAGUUUUACACGACAUCGUCAUAUAAUACACGCUGGCUACACGUUCUCUGGCAAUGGUUCCUGGAUAUUGCAGGAUGGAACCUUCUCCGUCUCUGACUUCUCAGAGGCGUUUCAGGAACACGACGUACAGCGUGUCAUACGAGCCUACGCCGACACGAUUACAAUGAAUAUACAUUGUGCCGAUGCCGGUCACUGGUACAGCUUGCCACAUAAAAGUUUUACACGCCUCUGUAAAAUACGUAUCAAUCCCGUCGAUGUGUUGGACACAAGCAGUGAGAGUAUCAGUGCAUUUAUUGACUAUCUCGCACCAUUGCUCGUGCCCACUUCCUUGCGCGAAUUACUUGAGACUUCGGAUGUUGUAGGCAAUAUACGCUUUACACAUCCUACUCUGUAUGUCUUCCCAGGUGGUCAGGGUGAUGCCGCACUCUUCGGCAUCAAUGGUUUUAAUAUGUUGGUCGAUGGUGGUUUCAACCGCAAGGCUUGCUUCUGGGAUUUCGUACGUCACUUGGAUCGCUUGGAUGCCGUCCUUAUGACGCGUCUUAAUAAUAGCAAUAUUCAGGGUAUUAGUUCGGUGUUUUCGCGUAAGCGUGACGCUCAUGUCUAUCCACAAAUUGGACACUUCUUCGGUAAUAUACCUGAUCGUAAGGGUGGGCUGCCCAGUCCCGACGGUGAUAAGGAUCGAGACCCACUAUUGGUGGAUCUCUUCGAACAUGGUCAUAAUUUGGUAAGCGAUCUUAAGUCGCUCGAUUUGAAGCCCCAAACUUGCUAUCGCAAUCAGGAGCCAAUCAAUCUGUAUCACAAAGUUGGUCAUGGCACAUUAGAUAUGUAUGUGAUUAGCCCGGCGCGUGACUCGAAAGAGGUGAAAGAAUUCUUAGCGAAAUGGCAUUCCGGCGAUCAACGUUUAUUCGCUGCACGCGACACACGCGAGUUCAAUUUCCCAUUGCAGAAUUUAGUAUCCAUUUGCGCUUUGCUGGUAUGGCAACCAGCGAAUCCAGACGAUACUAUUACUCGCAUACUCUUCCCUGGUAGUACACCAGACUUCAAGGUACAGGAAGGUUUGGAAAAACUCAAGCAUCUGGAAUUCAUGAAACACUCCACCUGCACUGCCAAAUCUAUUGCCCCAACUAUACAGACUGUGGUGACCACUCGUAAAACAUUCAAGUCCGCUAUCGGAGCGCCUAUUGAGCCACUAAGCGUACCGUCCAAAGCUAUUGGAAAAUUUGCCCCAGUUGCCGCAGCCGCUAUUGCCGUACAACAGGACAAUAAAACCAAAGAGGCCGCAGCCUCUGCUGCUCAGGUCAUCGAAGAGACCAAAAUUGAGAAAGCUGAGGCUGAGGAGAAGAUUAUUUUGCAGAAGAAAGAAGAUUCUGUAGACACUGACGAACCAGCCGCUGAAACUGGCGAUGAAGCUGUGCCCGAGCCCACUACGGAAGCAGAGAUAAAAGAGGAAGACAAGCCCGAUGGCGAAGUUGGCGAAGAAGAUAAUAAAGAGAAGGAAGCUGAAAGCGAGAAAAAGGUUGAGGUAGUUAUUGUGAAGCCACAGCCACAAGCUACACCCCAAAAGGAGGAAACUAUCACACCCGAAGUUAUCAAACCAAGCAAGGUUUCCAAAGGUAAGACUGACAAGCCACGUGCGGAAGUAAAGCCUGUGGUACGUUCACGUAUCGAUACCAAACCGCCUAAAUCAAUGGAACGCAAAAUCAUGAGAAAAGAUUUAGCUUCAGAAAAGAAGGCAUCACCCACUGCUACACCACGCAAAGAGCCAGCAAAACCUGCUGCGGCGCGUGACAUUAAACCACGUGUAAUUACACGUGCUAGCAAAGCAAGUCCGAGCAGCACACCAGCCAAGAGCGCCAAGGAUGCUAACAAUCGUAAGGUGCUCGAAUCCAAACAGCAAGCUACUCGCCAAGUCACCAGCACUUCUACUACCGCAACGACGCGCCGCGAGAUGACACGCACAACUGCUGCGGAACGCAAAGAAUCACGCACGCAACAACAGCAAGUACAACAGCGUAAGCCAAUUUCACGUCGUCCACGCGGUGCUUCACCAUCAAAGCGGGCGCCUGGUAGUCCCGUCAAAUCGGCCAAACCUAAAGCAGAUUUGAAAAAAUCCCGCUUGGACAAGGGGGGCACUACAGACUCUAGUUUGGUAUCUACACCAUCAGCCGAUGAGGCAACCGCUGCAAAGAAGCUGCAAGACUUGACAGCUUCACAAGAGUUAGAUGCCGAAAAGCAACGUGAGUUGGACGAUCUUAAGGAAGAGCAAGAGGUUGUACGUGAAAUAGAAGCUGUAUUUAGCCGUGAUGAAAUGAAAAGGCAAAAACAAUUGGCAGCAGAAAUGCGAGAGAUAUCGAAACAGGAUAGCACUACUGAAGCCGAAGAGGAGGAAGAAUAUCUAAUAAUUGAAAAAGAGGAGAUCGAUCAAUACACUGAGGACUCGAUUGUAGAGCAAGAGAGCAGCAUGACUAAAGAGGAGGAGAUUCAGAAGCAUCAACGCGAUUCCCAAGAGUCUGAGAAAAAACGCAAAAAGAGCGCCGAGGAAGAAAUCGAGGCUGCAAUUGCCAAGGCCGAGGCUGAAGAGCGUAAGGCACGACUUGAAGGGGCAGAAGCAGCCGAAGAACCUGAGGAAGCAGAAGCAGCUGAAGAGGAACAGGAAGAGCUUGGCGAUGAUGAAGCUGUAAAACCCGAACCCAAAAUAACUACACCCGAAAAGUCAGAAAUUAAAGCAGAAGUACAGGAAAUAAUUACCACAGCCAAAGAUAUAGCAACAACACGCACUGAAGAACACAUUAAGGCUGAAGAAGAGCUAUCUUCACCUACACCUGAGGAAAAAAUUAGUAGUGCUAAGAAAACUUCCGAAACUAAAGACGAGCCUGUUGAACCACCUGAAAUCAUGCCUGCCAAUUUACAAGAAAGCCUGCCAGAAGAGAAGUUCUCCGCCACCAUCGAGUCUGGUGCCACGACAGCGCCAACGCUUCCUGAAGACGAACGAAUACCAUUGGAUGAAAUCAAGGAAGACCUUUUAAUUGAAGAGAAAUAUGUUAAAGAAGAAACCAAAGAGACAGAACAAGCCGCUGGGCCUGAACCUGCAGCCUCCAAGCCAUUGGAGCUAGCAGAACCAGCAGCAGGCAUUGCCAUUGAGAAGGUCGCCGAACCUAUAAUUGUCGGUUUAGCAGCCGCAGAACGUGUUCUCCCAAUGAAGAUGACCUUCGAGGCACAGCAGAAUCUGUUGCGUGAUGUAGUGAAAACUCCGGAUGAAGUUGCGGACCUGCCUGUGCAUGAGGAAGCUGACUUGGGUGUAUAUGAAAAGGACACUCAGGAAAGUGGAAAAGUUAUUUCACAUAAAGAGGAAAUUACUAAAGAGGAGAAGGAGGCCGAAGAAAAAGAUAUAUGUGAAGGAAAAGAAGUGGAAGCUGAAGAAGAAGAACAAGGAGAAGAAGAAGAAAAACUCAAGGGAGACAAAGAAGGUGAAAAGGAGAAACUUGCUCCCCUUGUAGUCGAGACGACAGUCUUACUAACAGCACCAUUAGAGGUGACACCCGUCCCCGUGGAGAAAGCUGUAUCCCCUACCGAAAAGGUAACUUCCCCCACCGAGAAGGAAACCACACCCGAAGUGAAAGAAAUCCCUCUUGCUGAGAAGACUUCUACGCCUGUCGAGAAACCUGCUUCUCCUAUAGCAAAAGAAGUCGCUCCUGCUGAGCAAACUCCAUCACCCGCUGAAAAAGCUGUUUCUCCAGCUGAGAAGGCACUAUCACCAGCAGAGAAACCAACAUCACCUGUCGACAAAGAAAUCCCUGUGGAUGAAAAAACUCCUCUAACUACCGUGAAACCCGCUUCUCCAAUAGAUAAAGAAACCACUUCAGCUGAUAAAUCUCCAUCACCAGCAGAAAAGCCAGCAUCACCUACUGAGAAAGAACCAUCAUCCGUAGAUAAAGGUAUUCAACUAUCUGAGAAGCCUUCUUCGCUUGUCGAGAAGCCUGUUUCGCCAACGGAGAAAGUAGGGGCUCCAACUGAGAAAGCUGUUUCACCAGAUGAGAAAGUUUCCUCCCCAGCCGAAAAACCAGCUUCCCCAAUAGAGAAAGAAAUAACUCCGAUUGAAAAAACGGCAUUGGAAGCUCCUUCGCCUACCCAAAAACCAGCCUCUCCAGUGGAAAAAGAAGCCACACCAACUGAAAAAGCACCUUCGCCUGUUGAGAAAGAUAUUCCUCUAGCUGAAGAGACACCUUCACCUGCAGAAAAACCAACUUCUCCUGUUGAGAAGGAAACCACUCCAGCUGAAAAAAUUGCAUUGCCGAUUGAGAAAGUUGUUUCUCCAGCAAAGGAAGUUCCUUCGCUUGCCGAAGAACCUGAUUCUACAUUAGAGAAGGGAGAUGUCCCAACUGAGAAAAUACCAUCACCCGUGGAAAAAGUUGUUUCACCAGCUGAAAAGGCACCUUCACCUGCAGAAAAGCCAACUUCUCCUGUUGAGAAGGAAACCACUCCAGCUGAAAAAAUUGCAUUGCCGAUUGAGAAAGUUGUUUCUCCAGCAAAGGAAGCUCCUUCGCUUGCCGAAGAACCUGAUUCUACAUUAGAGAAGGGAGAUGUCCCAACUGAGAAAACACCAUCACCCGUGGAGAAAGUUGUCUCACCAGCUGAAAAGGCACCUUCACCUGCAGAAAAACCAACUUCCCCUGUUGAGAAGGAAACCACUCCAGCUGAAAAAGUUGCAGUGCCCAUUGAAAAAGCUGUUUCUCCAGCAGAGCAAGUUUCUUCGCUUGCCGAAGAACCUGAUUCUACAUUAGAGAAGGGAGAUGUCCCAACUGACAAAACACCAUCACCCGUGAAGAAAGUUGUUUCACCAGCUGAAAAGGCACCUUCACCUGCAGAAAAGCCAACUUCUCCUGUUGAGAAGGAAACCACUCCAGCGGAAAAAGUUGCAGUGCCCAUUGAAAAAGCUGUUUCUCCUUCAGAAGAAGUUCCUUCGCUUGCCGAAGAACCCGAUUCUACAUUAGAGAAGGGAGAUGCCCCAACUGACAAAACACCAUCACCCGUGAAGAAAGUUGUUUCACCAGCCGAAAAGACACCUUCACCUGCAGAAAAACCUACUUCUCUUAUUGAAAAGGACAAUGCCCCAACUGAGCAAAUGCCAUCACCCGUGGACAAAGCUGUUUCACAAGCUGAAAAGACAACUUCACCUGAAGAUAAGGGAGUCAGUCAAGCUGAGAAAACGCUAUCACCAGUUGAGAAAGCUGUAUCCUCCAUUGAAAAAUCUGUUUCUCCAUCAGAGAAAGAACCUUUACCUGCAGAUAAAUCACCAUCUCCUACCGAGAAGGAUGGAAAACCAGUGAUUCCUUCAGAAGGGCUAAUACUCUUUGAGAAGGAAGAGCCUGCAAUAGAACCAAAGACUUCGAUCACUCCACCUGAAGAAAAGGAUGGUAGCGAAGUUACAUCCGAAGAUGAACUUCCUGCCCAUGUACUUGCAGCUAUUAGCUCAACUCAAUUAAAAGAUAAAGAUGACACCGGCUCAAUCGACAGUCCAGAGACAAUCGAAGAAGCUAUUGAAGUUGAAAUACGUAAAUCCUUAGAAGCUAGUAGAAAAACUUCAAAGGAAAUGAAAGAAACUGAGGUUAAAUUAGAAUCUCGUAUGACAUCCGUUGUUUUAGAUGAAGGAGAAAAAACCAAAGAUAUAUCCGAGCCAUGCUCCAAGGAAAUUUCACACCCCGAAGGUAUAAUGGAUGAGAAAUCACCUCCAACAUCGAAAAUACCUUCGGAAAGAGAAUCAGCGUUGAGCAGUAAAGAUGAAACUGAAAAAACCGUGAUAACAGAAGAAAAAUCUCCACUUCCAUCUACAGAGCCCUCCCGUCGGGAGUCUGCUGUUGAAAGCCCCAAAGAUGAGAAGUCCGCGGCCGUUUCUAAGGACCAAUCACUUGCUGGUUCGGCUGCCGAAAGCCUUAAGGGUGAUAAAUCCCCAAGUGUGUCUAAGGAAAUAUCAAGGCGAGAGUCUGUAGCAGAAAGCGCUAAAGACGAAAAGCCAACAACAGGCUCUAAGGAAGUAUCCCGACCAGCAUCUGUUGCAGGAAGUAUUCACGGCGAGGCUGAUAUAUUAGAUAUGGAAACUGUUUCGUCUCCAGUGGACAAAGCUCCAAUAGAUGUAUCAAAACUUACUUUAGAUUUAGAACCCGCGAAACGUGUAUCCAAACUGCCAACUUCCUCCAGUCCCGUAGACGUUGCUGAAGGGGAUUUCCCAGAAGUGAAGGAAGAAUCGACAGAUACCAAACAAUUUCCCGCAGAAGACACUACAGUUGCCGGUGCAAAAACAGUUUCAACUCCAGUGGACGAAGCAAAAUAUAUCACGGCCGACGGUGUUGUUGCAGUAUCGCGUCCUGAAAGUCCUGAAGGUGAGAAAUCUUCUGCUAUAUCUAAGGAAAGUGUAAAGGAAGAUAAAUCUCAGUUGGCCUCAAAAGAUCAAUCUCCUGUUGUCUCUAAAGAAAGCUCCAGACGUCCAUCUGAAGGUGAAGCUCUCCCUUCACCUGUUAAAGAUGAUGUACUAUACCCACUAGAAAGUUUAGAAGAUGUCAAAGCUGUUGAAUCAAAAGAAAGGAAGGACUCGGCUCCACUUCAAUCGAAGGAACCCUCUAAGCCUGUAUCAGCUGCUGAAAGUGUUCAAGAUGAGAAAUCUCCAAUUCCUUCCACAGAAGCUUCACGACCUGAAUCCGUGGCCGAAGGUGUGACAGACGGUAAGUCACCAGUCGCUUCCAAACCAGAGUCAGCUGCAGAGAGUAAAAAAGAUGAGAAAUCUCCUACGCCUUCCAAGGAGGUCUCGCAACCAGAGUCCGUGAGCGAAAGUUUGAAAGAUGAUAAGUCACCAAUCCCCUCCAAACCAGAGUCAGCUGCCGAGAGUGUAAAAGAUGAGAAAUCCCCAAUAGCUUCCACGGAAGCCUCACGCCCCGAGUCCGUUGCCGGUAGCGUGGAAGACGAUAAAUCAGCAAUGGCCUCCAAGCCAGAGUCGGCUGGAGAGAGCGUAAAAGAUGAGAAAGCCCCAACAGCUUCCAAAGAAGCCUCACCACCGGAGUCCGUAGCUGAAAUUGUAAAACAUGAUAAGUCACCAAUCCCCUCCAAACCAGAGUCAGCUGCCGAGAGUGUAAAAGAUGAGAAAUCCCCAAUAGCUUCCACGGAAGCCUCACGCCCAGAGUCCGUUGCCGGUAGCGUGGAAGACGAUAAAUCAGCAAUCGCCUCCAAGCCAGAGUCGGCUGGAGAGAACGUAAAAGAUGAGAAAUCCCCAAUAGCCUCCAAGGAUGCCUCACGACCGGAGUCUAUUGCCGGUAGCGUGGAAGACAAUAAAUCAGCAAUCGCUUCCAAGCCAGAGUCGGCUGGAGAGAGCGUAAAGGAUGAGAAAACUCCACUUGAAUCGAAAGAAGCCUCACGCCCAGAAUCCGUGGCCGAAAGUUUGAAAGAUGAUAGAUCCCCUCUUGUUUCUAAACCGACAUCAGCUGCAGAGAGUGUGAAAGAUGAGAAAUCUCCAAUUCUUUUCAAGGAAGUCUCACGCCCAGAGUCUGUGGCCGAAAGUGUGCAAGAUGAUAAAUCACCAAUUGGCUCCAAACCAGGGUCGGCUGCGGAAAGUGUAAAAGAUGAGAAAUCACCAAUAGCUUCCAAGGAAGCCUCACGGCCAGAAUCCGUGGCCGAAAGUUUGGCAGAUGAUAGAUCCCCUGUAGUUUCUAAAGCGGCAUCAGCUGCUGAAAGUGUAAAAGAAGAAAAAUCUCCAAUUGAAUCGAAAGAAGCUUCACGCCCUGAAUCCGUGGCAGAAAGUUUGAAAGAGGAUAAGUCACCUAUUGUUUCUAAACCGGCAUCAGCUGCAGAGAGUGUGAAAGAUGAGAAAUCUCCAACUCUUUCCAAGGAAGCUUCACGGCCAGAGUCUGUGGCCGAAAGUGUGAAAGAUGAGAAAUCUCCAACUCUUUCCAAGGAAGCCUCACGGCCAGAGUCUGUGGCCGAAAGUGUGAAAGAUGAUAAAUCACCAAUCGCCUCCAAACCAGAGUCAGCUGCUGAAAGUGGAAAAGAAGAGAAAUCUCCAAUAGCUUCCAAGGAAGCUUCACGGCCAGAAUCCGUAGACGGAAGUUUGAAAGAUGAUAGAUCCCCAAUUGUUUCUGAAGUGGCAUCAGCUGCUGAAAGUGUAAAAGAUGGAAAAUCUCCAAUUGAAUCGAAAGAAGCCUCACGCCCAGAAUCCGUGGCAGAAAGUUUGAAAGAUGAUAAGUCACCUAUUGUUUCUAAACCGGCAUCAGCUGCAGAAAGUGUGAAAGAUGAGAAAUCUCCAACUCUUUCCAAGGAAGCUUCACGGCCAGAGUCUGUGGCCGAAAGUGUGAAAGAUGAUAAAUCACCAAUCGCCUCCAAACCAGAGUCAGCUGCUGAAAGUGUAAGAGAUGAGAAAUCCCCAACAGGUUCCAAAGAAGUCUCACGUCCAGAAUCCGUGGCAGAAAGUCUUAAAGAUGAUAAGCCACCUAUAGUGUCUAAACCGGCAUCUGCUCCAGAAAGUGUUAAAGAUGAUAAGUCGCAAAUAACUUCCAAAGAAGCUUCUCUACCUGGAUCCGUUGCUGAAAGUAUACAGGGAGAGAUAUCACCAGUUGGUGCAGAAGAAUUAAUAACUGUUUCAUCUCCUGUUGACAAAGCACCUAUAAAAAUGGAGGAUCUUCAACUUGCUUUGAACUUAGAAAGCUCCAAAUUUGAAACAAAUCUGCCAACCAAAUCAAGUCCUGUAGAUGUAGCAGAAGGUCAAUUCCCUGAAGUUGAAAUAGAAGCAUGCAGAAUCCCUGAUAUACCAAAGAUAUCUGCAGAAGAAGCUACUCUCAAGGUAUCAGAAACCAUCUCGAGCCCCGUAGAUGAAGCCAAAGAUUUGAUUGAUAUUGGAGAAGGUCUCCAAGAGGUCGAAGAUAAGAGUCCAGUUUCACCAAAGGAAUUAGGCGAAGAAAUCAAAGAAGCUUCUAAAAAAAUUGUCGAGAUAAAAGAGACUGUAGAAACCGACACCACGACUUUUAUUGAAGAGAGAACCAAGACAAUCGGAGAUGUGAAAGAGACAACUGAAGAUUUGGUGAAAAAAGUUUCCGAUGAACCCAUAAAGAAAUCAGAUGAGGAAAUUGAAGAUAUUUCAAAGCAAGCCACUUCAAAAAUUGAAGAAGCAGCGGAAAAAAUUGAUGAAAAGGGAGAAGCUGCUAUGGAAGAAACUAUCAAAUCUGCGCAAGAUGUAUCAGAAAAAGCUGCAGAUAAGGCGCAGGCACUAAUUCAUGAAACUACGAAAACAGUCGAAACUCUAAAAGAUGCAAUGGAAGAUAAGACGAUGACUAUCACCGAAGAAACUGCCAAGAAAAUUGAAAAAAUAACAACAGCCGCCGAGGAUGUAGCAGAGAAGGUAGCUGGAGAAACUACCAAGAUUGCGGAAGAAAUUGCCGCAAAAAUUAAAGAUAAAGCAGAGACCGCGCUCGAAAAAGUUACUGCAAAAGUUGAUGAAUUAGAAAAAGCAGCUGGAAAAACAGAAAAAUUGGAAGAAAAGGUAAAGACUGUCGCAGAAGAAGGUACCAAAAAAGUUGAGGAGUCAACUCAAAAGCUUGAAGAUACCACAAAGACUAUUGGUGAAAUACUUACAAAGAGCAAAGAAGACAUUACAGUGACGAUAGAUGAUUUAGCAAAAGCAACUGAAGAAAAACGGAAAACAGCCAUUGAAGAAAUUUCGCAAAAAGUUGACGAAGUAUCUGAGCAAGUCGAAGACGUCAAGAAAGUCAUCGAAGACAAAGCAGUAACGUCAACUGAAGAAAUCACAAAGAAAGUUGAAGAUGUGAAGCAGAUCAUCGAAGGCACGACAAGUGACGAGGUAACUAAAAAGAUUGAUGAGACUAAAAAGUUGGCAGAGGAAAAAGCACUGGUAAUUGGCGAAGAAGUCACUGAAAAGGUUUCCUCCAUAUACAAGAAAAUGUCAGAUAUUAAAACUGCAACAGACCCCAAAACCGAAGCCGCGGCAGAAAGAGUUAAAGAAGCAAGAGAAGUCGCCGAAGACAAAAUCAGCGAUGUUACCGAAGAGGUAGGUAAACUCAUUCGGGAUGUAAAAGAUACCACAGAAGAUAUUACAACAGCGACAAGUACCGCUGUUGAUACCAUAAAAACCGAUAUUUCUACUGGUAUUGGUGGAUUCUUCAGAGAUGUCAAAAUGAGCAUUUUCGGUGAAGCACAGCAGAAAGAGGAGCAAUUAAAAGAAAUCACAGAAGAAAUAUCAAAAACCGAGCAAAUCGAACUCGAAUCUUUACCACCAUCUUCCAAACUGCCACUUGAGUUGGGCACAUUUUCAACCGAAUUGAGAGAAACUCAUAUAACAACUGUGGAAUCACCUGAGUUCAAAGUAACACACACGGAGCGUGAUGAAUCCAUAUUGCAUGAUAUUAAAGAAGAAGAAGAGGAACACAGAAUUUCACCACCAACAACUAAACCAGCAAUAUGUCCCGAACAACCUCUUCGACCGGUUUCACCACGUGAAAUAGAGGUAUUUAAGAUUGUAGCCGAUGUUGCCAAGGUUCUGAAAUCCGAAAAGGACAUCACUGAGAUUAUUCCCGAUUUUGAUGAGCAAAAACUAGAGCAGCGCCUAAAAACACCAGAAGAACAAGAGCAAGAAAGCUCAACCGUUCAACGAAUGUUAGUAACUGCCAGCAGUGAAGAUGGCGGCGAAGAAAUAGACAUUUGUCCCAAAGGUAGCAUAGUUUUUACACCGACAAUGGCACAAGAACCGAUACCGGAAAAAGUUUCUCCAAUCAAACCGCUCGACAUAGACUAUAAGCAUUUCCAAGAAGAUGCCGCAGCCGAUGAAUCGGAAAAGUCUUCCCCUGAGCUACGCUCGGGUCCAAUUUCAAUUGAAGAAAAAGAUAAAAUAGAAGAGUCUGAAAAGAUGUUGCGAAAAGAAGCUGAAACCAAAUCCGAUAUAGAAGCGAAGGAACUACGUAGCAGCUCAACAACCAGCCUACUAAGCGAAAAAGAUCUUAUAAAAGAUGAAGAAGAAACUGAUAGAUCUAAACGAGACUCAACAAUAUUAGCCCCUGACAGUAAGGCAUCACCACCAUCACCGAAAGAUGCUUCUGCCACAGCACUUGCCACAACCGAUUUAGUUGUCAAGGCUGAUGGAGAUUCAGCUACAACCACAAGCAAGAAGGAUGUCUCCAGCUGCAAGGAGGAACAACUUGAAGAAACUGUAGAAUCUCAGCGGGAAUCUAUUCCACCUACUACAGCAAGCAAGAAAGAUGUGGAUACGGAGCCGCAACGGGGAUCGAUUACAUCUGCUGCUGAAAGUACGAAAGAAGAAAAGUCACCAACUCUACCCAAAGAAUCUUCACGACCAGAAUCUGUUGCUAGCACCAAGGAAGACAAAUUUGAAGAAACCGUUGAAUUUCACAAAGAAUCAGUUAUAAUGACUGCUGAAAGAAAGAAAGAAGACGUCAUUGAAUCCCGACGGGAAUCGCUCCUAUCUACUGCCGAGAGUAAGAAGGACGAUAAGUCAUCAGCUCCGUCAAAAGAAACUUCUCGACCAGAAUCUGCUACCAGUACCCAGGAAGAGGAGGUUGAUAAGUCCGUUGAAUCUCGUAGGGAAUCAGUCAAAUCAUCCGCCGAAAGCAAGAAAGAAGAAAGCGUUGAGUACCGACGGGAAUCGGUUCUAUCCGCCGCAGAGAGUACGAAGGAUGAUAAGUCACCAGAUCCAUCUAAAGAAACUUCGCGACCAGAAUCUGUUGCUAGCACAAAGGAAGAUAAGGUUGAAGAAUCCAUUGAAUCUCGUAGGGAAUCAGUCUUAUCAACUGCCGAAAUUAAGAGAGAAGAAACCUUUGAGUCCCGACGGGAAUCGGUUCUAUCUACUGCCGAAAGUAAGAAGGAUGAUAAGUCAUCAGCUCCAUCAAAAGAACCCUCCCGAUCAGAAUCUGUUGCCAGUACCAAGGAAGACAAGGUUGAGGAAUCCACCGAAUCUCGGAGAGAAUCAGUUAUAUCGACUGCUGAAAGUAAGAAGGACGAUAAGUCACCAGCUCCAUCAAAAGAAACUUCCCGACCAGAAUCUGUUGCCAGUACCAAGGAGGACAAGGUUGAGGAAUCCACCGAAUCUCGGAAAGAAUCAGUUAUAUCGACUGUUGAAAGUAAGAAGGACGACAAGUCACCAGCUCCAUCCAAGGAACCUUCGCGACCAGAAUCUGUUGCCAGUACUAAGGAAGAGAAGGUUGAGGAGUCCGCUGAAUCUCGUAGGGAAUCAGUCUUAUCAACUGCCGAAAGUAAGAGAGAAGAAACCUUUGAGUCCCGACGCGAAUCGGUUCUAUCUACUGCCGAAAGUAAGAAAGAUGAUAAGUCAUCAGCUCCAUCAAAAGAACCCUCCCGACCAGAAUCUGUUGCCAGUACCAAGGAAGACAAGGUUGAGGAAUCCACCGAAUCUCGGAGAGAAUCAGUUAUAUCGACUGCUGAAAGUAAGAAGGACGAUAAGUCACCAGCUCCAUCAAAAGAACCCUCCCGACCAGAAUCUGUUGCCAGUACCAAGGAAGACAAGGUUGAGGAAUCCACCGAAUCUCGGAGAGAAUCAGUUAUAUCGACUGCUGAAAGUAAGAAGGGCGAUAAGUCACCAGCUCCAUCAAAAGAACAUUCCCGACCAGAAUCUGUUGCCAGUACCAAAGAAGAGAAGGUUGAGGAGUCCACUGAAUCUCGGAGGGAAUCAGUCUUAUCUGUUGCCGAAAGUAAGAAAGAAGAAAGCGCUGAGUCCCGACGAGAAUCGAUUUUAUCGACUGCCGAAAGUAAGAAGGACGAUAAGUCACCAGCUCCAUCCAAGGAAUCUUCGCGACCAGAAUCUAUUGCCAGCACAAAGGAAGACAAGGUUGAAGAAUCCAUUGAAUCUCGUAGGGAAUCCGUCAUAUCAACUCCCGAAAUCAAGAGAGAAGAAAGCGUUGAGUCCCGACGGGAAUCGGUUCUAUCUAGUGCCGAAAGUAAGAAAGAUGAUAAGUCCCCAGCUCCAUCACAAGAAACUUCCCGACCAGAAUCUGUUACCAGUACCAAGGAAGACAAGGUUGAGGAAUCCACUGAAUCUCGAAGGGCAUCAAUCUUAUCGGCUGCCGAAAGCCAGAAAGAAGAAACCGUUGAAUCACGCCGAGAAUCGCUACUAUCUACUGUCGAAAGUAAGAAGGACGAUAAGUCACCUCUAUCAAAAGAACCGUCCCGACCAGAGUCUGUUACCAGUACUAAGGAAGAGAAGGUUGAAGAAUCCAUUGAAUCUCGUAGGGAAUCAGUCAUAUCAACUGCCGAAAGUAAGAAAGAAGAAACCUUUGAGUCCCGACGGGAAUCGGUUCUAUCUACUGCCGAAAGUAAGAAAGAUGAUAAAUCAAUUGGCAGUGCCAAGGAAGACAAGGUUGAGGAAUCCACUGAAUCUCGGAGAGAAUCAGUUAUAUCGACUGCUGAAAGUAAGAAGGGCGAUAAGUCACCAGCUCCAUCAAAAGAACAUUCCCGACCAGAAUCUGUUGCCAGUACCAAAGAAGAGAAGGUUGAGGAGUCCACUGAAUCUCGGAGGGAAUCAGUCUUAUCUGUUGCCGAAAGUAAGAAAGAAGAAAGCGCUGAGUCCCGACGAGAAUCGAUUUUAUCGACUGCCGAAAGUAAGAAGGACGAUAAGUCACCAGCUCCAUCCAAGGAAUCUUCGCGACCAGAAUCUAUUGCCAGCACAAAGGAAGACAAGGUUGAAGAAUCCAUUGAAUCUCGUAGGGAAUCCGUCAUAUCAACUCCCGAAAUCAAGAGAGAAGAAAGCGUUGAGUCCCGACAGGAAUCGGUUCUAUCUAGUGCCGAAAGUAAGAAAGAUGAUAAGUCAUCAGCUCCAUCAAAAGAACCCUCCCGACCAGAAUCUGUUGCCAGUACCAAGGAAGACAAGGUUGAGGAAUCCACCGAAUCUCGGAGAGAAUCAGUUAUAUCGACUGCUGAAAGUAAGAAGGACGAUAAGUCACCAGCUCCAUCAAAAGAAACUUCCCGACCAGAAUCUGUUGCCAGUACCAAGGAAGACAAGGUUGAGGAAUCCACCGAGUCUCGGAGAGAAUCAGUUAUAUCGACUGCUGAAAGUAAGAAGGACGAUAAGUCACCAGCUCCAUCAAAAGAACCUUCCCGACCAGAAUCUGUUGCCAGUACCAAAGAAGAGAAGGUUGAGGAGUCCGUAGAAUCUCGUAGGGAAUCAGUCUUAUCAACUGCCGAAAGUAAGAGAGAAGAAAGCGUUGAGUCCCGACGGGAAUCGGUUCUAUCUACUGCCGAAAGUAAGAAGGAUGAUAAAUCAAUUGGCAGUGCCAAGGAAGACAAGGUUGAGGAAUCCACUGAAUCUCGGAGAGAAUCAGUAUUAUCGACUGCCGAAAGCAAGGAAGAAGAAACCGUUGAAUCACGACGAGAAUCGAUUUUAUCUACUGCUGAAAGUAAGAAGGAGGAUAAGUCCCCAGUUCCAUCUAAGCAACCUUCGCGACCAGAAUCUGUUGCUAGCUCAAAGGAAGAGAAGGUUGAGGACUCCACUGGAUCUCGGAGGGAAUCAGUAUUUUCGACUGCUGAAAGCAAGAAAGAAGAAACCGUUGAAUCACGACGAGAACCGAUUGUAUGUACUGCUGAAAGUAAGAAGGACGAUAAGACACCAGUUCCAUCUAAGGAAACUUCUAGACCGGGAUCUGUUACUAGCUCAAAGGAAGAUAAGGUUGAAGAACCCGUUGAAUCUCGGAGGGAAUCAGUCAUAUCAACCACCGAAAGUCAGAAAGAAGAAAGCGUUGAGUCCCGACGGGAAUCGGUUCUAUCUACUGCUGAAAGUAAGAAGGACGAUAAGUUAUUAGCUCCAUCGAAAGAAACUUCCCGACCAGAGUCGGUUUCCAGUACCCAGGAAGAGAAGGUUGAGGAGUCCUUUGAAGGUAAGGUUGAAGAAUCAGUUGAACCUCUGAGAGAAUCAAUCUUAUCGACUGCCGAAUGCAAGAAAGAAGAAACCGUUGAAUCACGACGGGAAUCAGUUCUUUCUACUGCCGAAAGUAAGAAAGAUGAUAAGUCUCCAGCUCCAUCAAAAGAAACUUCCCGACCAGAAUCUGUUGCCAGUACCAAAGAAGACAAGAUUGAGGAACCUACUGAAUCUCGGAGAGAAUCAAUUAUAUCGACUGCUGAAAGUAAGAAGGAGGAUAAGUCACCACCUCCAUCAAAGGAACCUUCGCGACCAGAAUCUGGAGCUAGCACUAAGGAUGAGAAGAUUGCGGAAUCUGUUGAACCUCGGAGGGAAUCAGUCUUAUCGACUGCCGAAAGUAAGAAAGAAGAAACCGUUGAAUCACGCCGGGAAUCGGUUGUUUCUACUGCCGAAAGUAAGAAGGACGAUAAGUCACCAGCUCCAUCAAAACAAACUUCCCGACCAGAAUCUGUUGCCAGUACCAAAGAAGACAAGAUUGAAGAACCUACUGAAUCUCGGAGAGAAUCAAUUAUAUCGACUGCUGAAAGUAAGAAGGACGAUAGGUCACCAGCUACAUCAAAAGAAGCUUCCCGACCAGAAUCCAAAGAAGAAAAGAUUGAAGAAUCCGUUGAAUCUCGGAGGGAAUCAGUCUUGUCAACCACCGAAAGUAAGAAAGAAGAAAGCGAUGAAUCACAACGGGAAUCAGUUCUUUCUACUGCCGAAAGUAAGAAGGACGAUAAGUCACCAGCUCCAUCUAAGGAACCUUCGCGACCAGAAUCUGUUGUCAGUACCAAGGAAGACAAGGUUGGGGAGUCCACUGGAUCACGGAGGGAAUCAGUUGUAUCUACUGCCGAAAGCAAGAAAGAAGAAACCGUUGAAUCACGGCGGGAAUCGGUUCUAUCUACUGCCGAAAGUAGGAAAGACGAUAAGUCACCAGCUCCUUCAAAAGAAACUUCCCGACCAGAAUCUGUUGCUAGUACCAAAGAAGAGAAAGUUGAAGAAUCCACUGAAUCUCGUAGGGAAUCAAUCUUAUCGACUGCUGAAAGCAAGAAAGAAGAAAGCGUUCAAUCACGACGUGAGUCGGUUCUAUCGGCUUCCGAGAGUAGGAAGGACGAUAAGUCACCAGCUCCUUCAAAAGAAACUUCUCGACCAGAAUCUGUUGCCAGUACCAAGGAAGAGAAGGUUGAGAAAUCUAUUGAAUCUCGGAGGGAAUCAGCUAUAUCGACUGCUGAAAGUAAGAAAGAAGAAAGCAUUGAAUCACGACGAGAAUCGGUUAUUUCUACUGCCGAAAGUAAGAAGGACGAUAAGUCACCAGCUCCAUCCAAGGAAUCUUCGCGACCAGAAUCUGUUGUCAGUACCAAGGAAGACAAGGUUGAGGAAUCCACUGAAUCUCGGAGGGAAUCAGUCUUAUCGACUGCCGAAUGCAAGAAGGAAGAAACCGUUGAAUCGAGGCAGGAAUCGAUUAUAUCUACUGCCGAAAGUAAGAAGGACGAUAAGUCAGCAGUUCCAUCCAAGGAAUCUUCCCGACCAGAAUCUGUUGCCAGCUCCAAGGAAGACAAGGUUGAGGAAUCUGUUGAAUCUCGGAGGGAAUCAGCUAUAUCGACAUCAAAAGAAACUAUCGACAAAGAAGAAGCCGUUGAGUCACGACGGGAAUCGGUUCUAUCUGCUGCCGACAGUAGGAAGGAUGAUAAGUCACCUGCUCCUUCAAAAGACACUUCCCGACCAGAAUCUGUUGCCAGUACCAAGGAAGAGAAAGUUGAAGAAUCCACUGAAUCUCGGAGGGAAUCAAUCUUAUCGACUGCCGAAAGCACGAAAGAAGGAACCGUUGAAUCACGGCGGGAAUCGGUUCUAUCUGCUGCCGAUAGAAGGAAGGAUGAUAAGUCAACUGCUCCUUCAAAAGAAACUUCCCGACCAGAAUCUGUUACCAGUACGAAGGAAGAGAAAGAUGUAUCUCAUAUGACAUCAGAUCCUCGUCAAGUGAGUUCGAAAGAAGAAAUUACAAAGGCAAUAACAGAGUCAGUGGUUAGCAAAAAAAUUGAGGAAUACAGCGAAUCUGAAGCUGAAGCAAGCGCAAUAACUGUUGAAUCUUCUUAUGUUACUUGCAUCUCAAGUCAUACUUCAGUUGAAGAAAAGAAUUCGGACUCCGUAAAAGUAUUACAGUCCUUGUCUUCUUCUACAGUUGGGAGCAAAUCAGUAGAUUCAUCAGUUCGGACGUAUAUAAGCGAAGACUCUCUUAGGGAAUCAAUAAGUAGUGUUAAAGUCGAAAAUGGUGAACCUAGAGAGUCGAUUUCCAGUUUUUCUGGAAAGAAAGAUAUGGAGAAUAUUGCUGAAGAUGAAAAGUCAGAAGAAUCAGUUGUUAAAACUGUGACGGAGGUGAUAGCCAAGGCGGAAGAAUCGAUGACGCAUUCGGAGGAAUGCUCAUCGGAAUCCAUCGUAAGUGAAAUACAAACUACCGAUAUUAUUACUCAGAAGUUAGACUCCCGCACAACAGCUGCAAAGCUAAUCACUACAGUCGGACAUGACAGUAAAGAAAGUCUGAAAGACACAGUUGCCGAGUUCUUGGCUACUGAAAAAAUUAUCUCAGUAAAGGACAGCUUGAUAGGAGAUGUGAAAACUUCAAAGUCCACAGAAGAAAGUUCAGAGAAAAUAACAACAACCGGGAUAGCACAGUCAACCACUGCAUCUCGAAGAACAUCUGAUUUGCUGCCAAGUAUGAAAGACAGUUCAAGAAGAGAAUCCGAAUUUAGUCAAACGAGCGAGGGACGCCAUACACACAGCGAUCACGAAGACGAUGAUGAGGAUGAGGACAUUGUUAAUAUGAAGGAGGGGCGUUCCAAAUCAAUAGCCACGAUCAUGAUGACCAGCAUAUAUAAGCCAUCCCAGGAAGUAGAUGCAUUUGAGAAACUAGAGGAAGAAAGUGAAGAUCAUGCCGAGACACUCGAACAAACUAAAUCGUCCAUAACAAGAACCACACAUACCGUACUCAAAUCGAGCGAACAAGUAAGCCAUUUAAGCUCGGAUGUCAAGUCAAAGGCAUCAACACAAUUGGAAACCAUAAUAUUAACACAACCUCUGGAAAGCGAUCCAAAAACACCACCCACUGCACCAGUGAGUCCAGGUAUAAAGCACAUAACAACAGGUGUCAGCACAGCCACCGCCACAACCACCACAUUAAGCGAACCAUGUGGUAGUAGCGCAGCCUCUGUGAGCGGUCCCUUAUCACCAAAAGAUGUUAGCGGUAAGUCCAGUCCAGGUGCACUUACCUCUGAAAGUCAAUCAAUUCCGACACCAAAAGGUCGCGGUUCCCUUUCAGAUACUUCCGAUUCAUCACCAAAGCCGACUUCACCAUUCCCACGCGUCACCAAAGAUGACUUAAAAACCGCCACCGCGACUAUCGUAGAAGCUACCAGCAAAACUGCAUUUACACCAAAUGAAUUCACCGAAGAUUGGCAGCCAGACUUCCAUGAGCGCGGAAUUGAGAAGACAACCGCACUUAGUGGCAGCACUGAAAAAAUCAUCACAACAACCAUAACUACAGUGACCAAGGUGAUCUCUAGCGAUGGCAAGGAAAUUGUUAUGGAAGAAAAGACCGUCACCACCACAGAUACAACUGAGCCAGAUGGUGAAAAAGUGACGGUGACCACCACACGCACCACCAGCGAAAGCGAAAAGAGCGAUCUUGUACUACCCAAGGAAGUGGCAAUGUUGCGAGGCGCGUAUCGCUCUUCGACACCCGGUAGUGACGAGGAGCGUAUGACAGGUGCCUACAUGAGUGACGAUGAGUUGCCCGCGUCGCCACGCAGCAUUGCAUCAUCGCACGGUGCCAGCUAUGAACUGCAACGCUCAAGUUCAGGUGUGAGUAAACGUUCUGACUUUGAAGUGGACGAUAGCCAAGAUGAUAUACCGCCACAAUAUGGCAGCGAGGAGCACUCAACAGCGCGCGCUGUCUCCAUAACCGCCAGUUGCUUACAAAAAAUUCCCGACCCAAUGAGCACCUCCUUCUACGGCGCACUGCCCGAUUGCUUCGACACAAAACCAACAGCUCCCAUACCUAUCUGUGGCACAACAACACGUACAGUCACAACGCGCACAUAUGUCGCCGACUCACCUGCCAGCCAGUCUACGGAAAGUGUCGAAAGCACUAGCCAAACUUCAGCCAGCCGUCAAGUAAUCAGUGGUGGAACACGAGCUAGCGUCGAGAGUGGUGAUCAUAAAUUCCUUGAAGAAGCCGACAUGGAUUUCGAGAAGGCGCUCGAGGAGCACGUGCAAGUGCGUGGCGCUGAUGUUAUGUCCUCGGUGACAGCCAAAUAUUCGUAUUCACCUUCCAAAGCGGAAGAAGUAGAAGAAAGUGUCACCAGCGCGGAAAAACCAAAGUUCCCGUUAGUAGAUGUACAGAAGACACGCUUCACUGAAACCGGCACUGUAUCUACCAGCGCCACUAGCACCAGCACCAAAGUCGAAAGCGCAAGUGAAUGUACAGAUGGUAAAACGACAACGACUACCACUACGACCACGACUAGCACUAGCGCUGAAGGCGCAGAUGCAUCUACUUCAGACACAACUACCGCUACUGUUACAAGCGAAACAACAACUACGACGACAAGCGCUACCGGAGCACUGCCUAAAGACCCACUGAAGGAAUGGGGCAAACCCUUAGGACUGCCAUCACCUGCACCGCUGCCCGUUGAAAACGAUGUACGCACUACACCGAAAAAGGAACGUCGAUUAGUGGCGACAAAGACACGACUGAACAACGAAAAGAACCUUCGCAAACGUUCUGAAUCGCCGAACAAGGCCAAGAAACCAACGCCCGUGUAUGUGGAUCUCACCUACGUGCCACACAAUGGAAACUCCUACUACUCGCACGUUGAGUUUUUCAAACGCGUACGGGCACGUUACUAUGUCUUCUCGGGUACAGAACCCAGCCGGCAGGUAUAUGAUGCGCUGUUGGAGGCCAAACAAACGUGGGAAGACAAGGAGCUAGAGGUCACCAUAAUACCCACAUACGAUACUGACGUGCUCGGCUUCUGGGUAGCGCAAAAUGAAGAGCUUUUGGCUAAGUAUCGCAUCGAUUUGUCGCCUUCAGCAUCGCGUUGUACAAUUAACUUGCAGGAUCACGAAACAUCCUGCGCCGCCUACCGCUUAGAAUUCUAGGCCACGGGGAUGUUCAUUUCAUUUGCUGAUGCAGAAAAUCUCAUACAACUCUACAACUAAAAGCUUAACACUCUACUAAGUAAUUUAAGACACAAAACAAAAUGUAACACAAAGUAACGAAAUGAAGCUUUUGACAACAUCAAUCGUGAAGCUUUCUUGGAACAAAUACCGAAAAAUAAACAAGCAAAUAAUUGCAAAACACAUGAAAGCUUUUGCGGCUAAAACUUUGGCGUCGAUCGAAGUAUGAAACUUUAACAAACGUACACAAGGUUCAAUAGCUGGAAAAAGCUUUCACGCUUUAAAAGCCCACAACUCAGCGCUAGAAGUCAGGUGUACCAACGCCAGCUUGACAUACUUGACAAAGAAACUAAAAAAAAAAACAAAAACACAAAAAACAGCAAAUGAAAAUUUAAAACUGA